AGGAAACCGAAAGCGAUGCCAAAACCGAAAAUUUUGAUUCAUCUUUCGAGAGGUUUUCUAGAAAUAGCCGCAUUGGUGUUGCAUUCGUCUACUAGAAACAUUCUGCUGGUGUAUAUAAUCUGAUAAUAAGUGGAUCUAAAUCAGUCUGAUUGCUGAAUUCAGCCGUAAGAAACUCCAUUCCAGAUAAAACAAAUCACUAAAGACUAUAAAGAUGUCCAUGGUACCUCUUUUAUUCCGUGAUUGGUGGGACGAAGAAGACCUGCUACGUCCCUCCAGACUUUUGGACCAACAUUUUGGCGUGGGUCUGAAAAGGGACGACCUCCUCAAUUCGCUUAGCUCCAUCCCAAGAAGAUCAAGGUUGAACAAUUACAUCAGACCGUGGUCUACCAUGGGGACUGAUAUUCAGAGACAGGAUUCUGGGUCAACUAUUACUCAAGAUAAGGAGAAGUUUCAGGUAAUCCUAGAUGUCCAACAAUUCGCCCCGAAUGAAAUAACUGUAAAAGUCAACGGCAACAGCGUCGUAGUUGAAGGCAAACACGAAGAAAAACAAGACGAACACGGUUUCAUCAGCAGACACUUCGUCAGAAGAUAUGUUUUGCCGCAUACGCACGAUCUGAACGCCGUCGUCUCUUCCUUGUCAUCAGAUGGCGUAUUGACAGUCAGCGCACCCAAAAAAUCAGAAACACCUGUAGGAGGGGAUAGAGUGGUGCCCAUCACUCAAACCGGCCCUGCAAAAAGCACCGUUACGCCUGUCGUUGAGUCGCCUCAACCUCAAACGUCCACUUGAGGUGCGAUGCUGUUUUUUUAAGUGUAAAAUAUUUGAGAAUUGUUUUCUCAGUGUUUAUAUAUAUAUAAAAAAAAUAACCAGUUUAUUUAUAAUCUUUAAGACUGGCUUUAAAAUUAUUGGUAAACUGUGCAAUGUUUUUGUAAUAUUAAUGAGAAAAACAAGUAAGAUUUUUUUAUGAAGUGAAUUUUUUUUAAGCCUCUGCGUUGUUUGUAAAAUUGUUUCGGAAUAAUAAAGGCAGUUCUUUUUACAA